GGUCUUUCAUAAACGCUCCUCAAACCCCCAUACCAUCAUUUUUGUACGCUGAUACUAAUAUCCAGAACCCCCGUUACCCACAGUUCCACGCGGUGUUAGCUUUGCACACGACCCUCCCGGAAGACGGACUUGCAACAUCAGACGGCAACAACCCUACCGCAGGAAACUUACUCGAUCAAUCCAGUGUUCGUUUUGUGCCUCAGGAAGUGAAAAUGUCUGACCAGCCACCUCCAUACCCGGGGAAUUAUAAUGCCCCACCUGGUGGAGAUAAAGGAGGCCCACCCCCUACGAUGGGCUAUGGUCCGCCCCAUGGAGGAGCACAACCUUCCCAGCCUGGCUACCCACCUGCAGGAGGCUAUGCUCCACCACCAGCUGGGUAUUAUCCGGCCCCGGGACAACAGUACCAGCCUCCACCAGGCCAACCUGGGGGUGGGUACUCCAACACCACUGUGGUGGUUCAGCCCAACCCAAUUGCUGUGGUGCAGCAGUUUCGGGAGUCGCCUGUACACACACGCUGCCCUCACUGUGGAGCGGACAUUGUCACGGCCACCUACUACGAGACCGGAACCUUUGCCUGGAUCAUCUGCCUCAUCCUGUGUUUUGUGGGAUGUGACUUGGGCUGCUGCCUGAUCCCAUUUUGUGUGGAUGGCUGCAAGGACUGUGUCCACUCCUGCCCAAACUGUCGCCAGCAGAUCGCUCGCUGGAACAGGAUGUAACCCGCCUCUCUCUCCUCGUCACUGGUGAUGGGCACAGCUCAGCCUCUCUAUCUGCUUUCCUCUGCUUGAUAGGCCUCCCUUAGUUACCUUGUGACAGAUACUAACACCGGUUUUUCAUUGUCUCAGUUGAGUGAAGAUAUUGAAAAUAACCAUGUUUUUGUAAGUAACAACAGAUGUAGUAACCAUAUCACACUGUGGUUUACCAGCUUGAUCAAUUUUAGACAUAUACUUGUGCUGCAUAGUUAAUGGAAUGCAAAAGCUUAACUAUUCAUAUACCAGUUUCCAUCUAUCUUAAUCACAGGCAUAUCUUAUCCUGAUUUGUGCAUGUACAUGGAUAGUACAACAUACCACAAAAUUCAUAACGAAUUGCAUUGAUUUUUAUAUUUAAGCCUAUUAUUACCUUUUGUAGUGUGUAAUACAGGUUUUAAGUGGUGUAUAAAAGUGUUUGAGGGGAAGACAUUUGGUGUGUACUGUUUAGAGAUGAGGAAAUAAGGAGAGGUAUACCCUGUGAGAAUCAGAGCAGUAGAACUGAAGGCUUUUGGCCAUAUAAUCAUGCAUCCAACUAAUCUCCAACCCCUGUGCCUGUCCAGCUGUGUUUUGUCAUGAUCAAAGGAAGCAGUCUGUAACAAGACUGUUAUGUGUCUGUUCAUAGACACCACCAAGUCCACUGGCGAUACUUAAAGCUGUUCUGUGAUUGAUGCCUGCUACAUUGCAUUGUAUGCAACUUUGUACACCUAUUUCCACAUUGUCAGUGUGUGUUAGAAAACCACCUACUUUCCAGCUAACAAGUUUUAAGUAGUCACAUUUUUUGGAGUCAAUAUGAACACAAAAAAGUGCAGGUUAAAAAUAUUUUGACCAUUAUUUUUUUCCUUUAAUUAUUAUGAUUAUAUACAUUUGCGAACCAAAUUAUUUGACGGGUCAUUCGUUCUUGUCCCAUUUGGAUGUCUUACGUUUGUAAUUUGAACUAUGUGGGAGUACAUUUCAGCUCAAUUAAUCAACAAUUGUUACACUUUCUUUGUUUUGAUAAGAGCCGAUUAGAAGUCUAUGAAGUUUUAAUUAGGCAUUCGUUUUACCUUCAACAUUUUGUCCAAAUGUAGAUUGUAACCUCUUUAUAUGCAUCCUUUUUACCCUUGAUGUACAUAGUUUUAUUUUAAGCCUUACCUGAUGGAGGUUUGGCUUUUGCUACCAGCUGAAAAAUAUUCUCCACUGUUAGAAAUUUUACGAUAGGUUUUGUAGCCUGGCAUGACUGGCCUUGAAUGCAAUGAUUGUGAGUUUAAAACUUUUGUUGACAUGUAAACCAUUAAAUUGACUGGCGGUAAUCUGCUUGGGACAUGUCAUAUAAAUGUAACAGUAUGAGCAUGCUGAGGGGUUUGCCUAGCUGUUGUCUUACAAUGUAGGCCUACAUGUAUGAAAUCCUGUUCUCAAUAUAUCAUGGAUCUUUUUUCUAAUGUUUUAACUGUGUAUGGUAUUGUUUUCUUAUGGGGUUGUGUGUAUUGUCUAUUGGAUCCUGUUCUUAUAAUAUAUGAUAUCCUGUCAGCAUUUUUGCAUGAGAAGAGAACAGAAAUAAGGGGAAAUUGCUCAGACUUUAACAUUUAGCCUGUUUUCAGUGCCCCUGUGAGUGGGGACAAAGCAGUGAUAGAAGGCUGACACGGAUGUUUCUACCCUUCACUCACGGCUCUUAGAUUAGAGUGCCUUCAGGCAUGCAGCACCAAUGCCGCCACUCUGUACAAACGGCUACAAUCAAACUAAUGGGGAUAUUAUUAAUAGAAUUCUCAUAUUUUUAAAUAAUGUAAAUCUUGAUCCUUGUUGAAAGUGUUUAAAUAUCAAUAAUAAGUGAACAUAAAGUCCAAAAUAAAAUAAGUUUAACAAAA